AAUAUUAAACUAUUUAUGGACAUGUACAAAUGUUUCUUCUACAUCUUGCUCUGUCCAUAAUGAUUUCAAAUUUAUAUAAUUAUUUAAUGAAUAAAUAUUUUUUCAUUAAUAUUUGCGAUUGCGAAUGCAAUUUUGUAGCGUAUUUCAGAUUUUAAAUAGCAUGCAAUUUAAAUAUCCAAUUGUACAAUAUAUCGCGUUGCGAUUCAAGACGAAAAAAUCGUGGUGCUAGCACAAUGAGAUUGUAAAAUCGCAAAUCUCUAAUCAAAAAACGAGUGGCGGUACGAAGAGAAAGAAUUUCGAAAUAAUAUGCAAUUAUUCGCAGAUAAAGAUAACGAGACAAUUUUCGGCACGACGCGUCGAGUAUCUUUUGGUAAUUGUGCGAAGUGUAUUUAACUGAACAAUCAUUUGUCGAUCGAUAGGAUUCCUCUUUGAAAAAGAAAUUUCUGUGUGACUAAAGAAAGAGGAACGUUAUUCUGAAUCGUGGGAAUAGAAGAGAAAUAAUUGACUUGAGAAGCGUCCUGCGAUUGGAAUGUGCAUUCAAUGACGGUCAAUAGUUUUCUUUCUCUUGAUCGAGGACAAUAAUCAAUGAAGUACAGGAAAAAAGCAUUCUUGGUUCUCAAAGAGCUAGAAGAAGCAACAAGUUGCUGUUGAAAUACCGCGCGAAGAAGUAAAUUUUUAUUAAAAUUGUACAAAAAAAGAUUUUCUGUCAAAUUUAAUAUAUCCGAAUUUUUGUUUUAAUGUAUACAAGAUGAACAUGUCACAAAGAAAACCACGAACAUUAUGCAAAAAAUUGACAUAAAAAAUGUAAAUGCUUUGAGAGAAAUUGUGAAAUCAUAUUUCUUCAGUAAAAUUAACAUUUAUGAUAUGUUAAACCAACACGUACAUUUUAUUCAAAUAUAUUAAAACUUGCCUUAAAAUUACAUUAAUUUUAAAUUAUUCAUUCACUUAUACCUAUAAACUGUUAUUUCAACCCGUAAAGGUUACAUUUCCAAAUAAUAAUAUAACGGUCACAUGGGGUCUCUCGUACAAAAUCAGACGCCAUUUGCCAGUUUUUUGAUAUUUUGUCGUAAAAAUUUUAUUGGACUUACCUUGUAGUCUAUUUAUAUCCUCCAAUAAUUUUUUAAAAAUUAGAAUUUAACAUAAUGAAAAAAUUUAAAUAAAAAAACUGCAAAAUUUGACUUUUUUUUACAAAAAUAUUCAAAAACUUUUUAAUUUUCGACAUAAUUCAAUAAAAAUUUAAAGUUGUAUUCUCAAGGUAGUAUACUUUCGGGUAAAAAUUAGUUUCAUAGAAAGUUAUUCGAUUUUGAAAGGUCUGUGAAUUCUUAAAGUUAGCGUGGGGUCUUUUGGAACGCAGAUGACCUUUACGGGUUAAUAUUAAGAAAUGAAUAUCAAUUUAACAUCAAAUUUAACAUCACAUAACGUCAAAUUAACAUGUAGUAUUUUAAAAAUUUAAUACAAGAAUUUUAAUAAAGAUCGCUUUUGAGACAAAUACAAAAUGCUUUUUUUACUGCGUAUCACAAGAAAGACGAACGAAAAAGCUUGAAAUUUUCCAAGAAACUGUGGAAGUAUUUGAAAAGUGCUUUGCGUGCGGUGUGAUCAGUGUUGGGAUUCUAUGGAACUCUAUUGUCCAACUUUUUUUUCCUUUGUUUUAUCUCAGAAUCGUUCUUCGAACGAGAAAUUUAUUAAUAAAACACAUAUUUUUCCGAGCUGACUUUGAGCGUGUAAUUGCACGCUUUGUUCGUGACCAAGACCAGAGCGAAUCAGUGAGAGAAAAUCGCAAUUUCAGUUCCCGGAAGAGCCAGAAAUAUCAGUGGGAACGGCAGGAAAAUUGGCUUUGAAUUUAGCUCGGACACUCUGGAAGCAAAUCUCUCGCUUGACGCAAAGCUACCCGAGAGCCUUCGGGAGAUCGUUCGAGAGAGCCGCCGGACUCGGGACGAUCGGACGUUCGAGAAGACCGCGUGGUCUCCGAAUGAAAUCGAGCGCUUUACGCUACGUCGCGUCCGAAGCCCGGCGUGCGAGGGAAGAAAAAGAGGCGUGCACAUAAACGGGACAACGCUGCCAUGUGUUGUCGUGAAGCCGUGGCUGCGUGACCGAGCAAGGCGAACGGGAGCGAGUGUCGAGUCUCGCGCGCCUCGGAGAACGGCGCGCACGAGGAAAGGAAAUUCGCGGCGGCCAGAGAGAAAAACGGGUUAGUCGCGAAUCUCGGACCGCCGGGUCCGCGAGAUUAUUCUGAUGUUCGCGCGUGAGGCUCCACGAAAUUUGCCCUCGUCGCGAAAUUCGUCUCCUCGAUGGGUGACGCGAAUGCGAGGGGGGGAGUGGAGCCACAGUUUCUCCAAUUUCUUCGGUCGGAAUUGAGAAGGCGGCGAACAUCUGUUUAAAUUGUUGACAACCAUUAAGUGUUGCGCAACGUUGUAGGAGAACGAUAGAAAAGCAACACGCGUAAACCGAUCUCUGCAGAUUCCGAAGCAACUUCUUCAAGAUUACAUUGGUGAAAGAGAGGGGGCGUUAGGAGACCCUGCUAUCCACGUCGAGCGUUCAAGCGUGUUCUCUGAUUCCCAACGGAAAACUCCGACGAUGAAAGGACCGUAACGUUGAUGAUCGAACGAUCGUCGCGCUAUUCCGUUUUUCCGUUUAACGGCACGAAGGACGGCGACGCUUCGGAUCGCCUCUGCGCCGAGGCACCGUGCCAGCUGUCGAUCGGCGAUCGUUCGUGCAACGAUGCGAUCGUGUUGGAGCUGCCUGCGACGUGAAACCGAUCCGUCGAUCCAACGUGGUUCCACGUGAAAGCGCGGACGGAGGGAGGAGAUGCUCGAGGAAUCGCGGACGAUCGGCGGAAGUGCGCGAGGGAGCGGCCCGUGAGAAAAGAAUCGUCAAGAGAAUAGUGGUGGAUCACGCGCACGGGAGGAUAAGGAGCGUCUUCUUCGUGGCAAGAGGAUGGACAGGGGCGAUAACAACGUCGUCGGAGUUGGCAGCGGCGGUGGCGGCGGCGGCGGCAGUGGCGGUGGCGGUGGCGGCGGCGGCGGCGGCAGCGGCAGCGGCGGUGGUGGUGGCGGUGGCGGUGGCGGUGGCGGUGGGGGCGGAAGUGGUGGAAAUGGUGGCAGUGGCGGCGGCAGCGGCGGUGGCGGCAUCGGCGGCAUUGGCAUCAGCGUGGGCUGUCACGUGGGAAAUUCCGGAUCCCCGCCGAACUCCACCUCGUCGACCCACGGCACGAUGCAUAACUCCUCCGGCGGGUUCGACGGCCAGACUGGUGACAGAGGAUGGGAGAUUCACCAUGUUACGGUGACCAGAGUCCCCGGCUACGGCUUUGGAAUAGCUGUGUCAGGAGGUCGCGAUAAUCCUCAUUUUACUAAUGGCGAUCCAGCGAUCGCGAUCUCUGAUGUGCUCAAAGCCGGCCCGGCUGAAGGAAAAUUACAAGUUAAUGACCGUAUCAUCUCCGCAAAUGGAAUAUCGUUGGAUGGCGCCGAUUACGGGGCAGCCGUGCGGGUCCUGCGAGAUUCCGGUUCUACCGUUUUAUUAGUUGUUAAACGAAGAGCUUCCUCGAAUUCACCCGGUUGUUUAGGCAACGGAGUGCCCCAGAGUCAUCGGCUCACACUCACGCGAAACAAUAAAAAGGAUGAUUUCGGAAUUGUGCUGGGAUGCCGAUUGUACAUAAAGGAGGUUACGCGGGAGAAUAUCGGAGUGAAAACUGGGGACGUGUUAACCCGAAUAGGCAGCGUCGCCGCUGACAAUAUGAGUCUGAAGGAAGCUAGAAAGCUGAUGGACCAGUGCAAAGACAGACUCUCGAUCGUAAUUACGCGGGAUUCGUACUGCCACGUGCAUCAGCAAGGUAAAGGGGAUAGCGGUGAAUACCUGUCAGGUGCGAGUUACAGUAGUCAGAACUUAUACGUUCCGCCACCCACGAGGCAGCCCUUGGAGGACAAGAGUAACCUCGUGCCGAGGGGUCGUUCGCGGGGUCCGCUGAUGGAUGUGUCUCUCAGCCAGCUGGAUCUACCAGCGACGCCCACUGUAGAUCCACCCAGACCACCUCCGCCGAGACCGGAAGAUUAUUAUAGUUCGCGUAGACAAUUGUAUGAUGAAGAUUCGGUCUCGCCUCGGACGAAACAGCCCAUGCCGGAUCCCCGAUUUAUUACAUUCCAAAAGGAAGGAUCCGUAGGUGUGCGAUUAAGCGGCGGCAAUGAAACCGGGGUCUUCGUAACUGCAGUUCAAGCGGGAAGUCCUGCGUCGCUUCAGGGUCUUCAGCCAGGAGAUAAAAUUUUAAAGAUAAACGACAUGGAUAUGAAGGAGGUCACAAGGGAGGAAGCCGUACUGUUCCUUCUUAGCCUGCAAGAACAAAUCGAUCUUAUUGUACAACAUCGACGUCAGGAAUAUGAUCAAAUUGUCGCGUCUGGCAGAGGCGAUUCUUUUCACAUAAAAACUCACUUUCACUACGAGCAACCGCAAAAAGGUGAGAUGAGUUUUCGCAGCGGCGACGUCUUUCACGUGGUGGACACUCUUCAUAAUGGCGUCGUAGGAUCGUGGCAGGUUUUCCGAAUUGGACGAAAUAAUCAAGAGGUACAAAAGGGCAUUAUUCCCAAUAAGGCCCGGGCUGAGGAGCUUGCAACCGCGCAAUUCAACGCGACGAAGAAAGAGAUGAGUGCCAGCGAGAGCAGAGGUAGCUUCUUCAGGAGAAGAAGAAACAGUCAUAGACGCUCGAAAUCGUUGGGAAGGGACCACUGGGACGACGUGGUGUUCUCCGACAGCGUCAGCAAAUUUCCCGCUUAUGAACGUGUGAUCUUAAGACAUCCCGGAUUUGUUAGGCCUGUUGUUCUUUUCGGGCCCGUAGCUGACCUCGCUAGGGAAAAGCUUCUCAAGGAUUUCCCUGACAAGUUCACUUCCCCACAAAUGGAAAGUCAAAUGGAGGAUGGCACGGGAAAGAAUACCAAAACAUCUGGUAUUAUUCGUCUGAGCGCGAUUAGGGAAGUGAUGGACAGGGGCAAGCACGCAUUGCUCGACAUCACUCCCAACGCCGUGGAUCGCCUAAAUUACGCUCAAUUCUAUCCAAUCGUCAUUUUCCUGAAGGCCGAGACGAAGCAAAUCAUCAAAGAGAUGAGAGCUGGCAUACCAAAAUCAGCGCACAAAAGUAGUAAAAAGCUUUUGGAGCAGUGUCAAAAGCUCGACAAAAUCUUUUUUAACAUCAUCUGUUAGAUGAGUUAGUGCAUGUAUAUUAUGAGAAAUGUGCUGUGGUCCAUAUAAGAUUUAAAUGAUUGAACAAAGUGUUGUAGUAAAGAUUCGGCAUAAGUAACAUGCGAAAGAUCUGAAGAACACAAUAGCCGAAUAGCCACAUGCAGCGUUAAAAAAUUCUUGUAAAUAUCUUUAGUUAUGUAAUUCUUUAAAAUAAUUGGGCCAAUAUAACAGAAAUUGCCUCAAUUCUGUAGCUUUCCAUAAGCUUAGGUAAUGCAAUUCCCUUGGUUUACGAACAAAUUCUGCGGGUAUUGAUGUCCGCAUUUUAGUCAAUAAUUCCGAAAUGCUGGUAAUGUUCUUUUGUAUUUUGAAAUCAAAAUGUGAAUCUUGGCAUACUUCGUUAAUCUCAAGGCUAAGAUCCUCGAUAUUUACGUAAAAACCGCUGUGUAUUGUUUUGUGAUGCAACACAUUUGUUGCAUUCUGUAUCUCAUCGAACAAAAUAUCAUUCGGCCAACGGAAAAAUGUGAUCUCAUUUUUGGGAAACUGACGUACGUGAAGAAAACUGCAGGGAAAUUGAAUCUCGCUUAGCGCGACUUCCCAUUCCCCCUGCAAUUCUACAGUUUGAGGUAAUUCAGUGAUGAAAGAAGAAGUAGUAUUUUCCGAAAAAUACUUCAUACUGCUAUUGCUCUGAAGAAUCAUGUGAAAUUGCUCCGGUGGCGACAUCUCGUAGUCGAGUUAAACUUGAAGCUGGGAUCCAAGAGUCGAAUUUGCUAGGAUAACCUCGCCAACUAACCAGUAGUUGUUUAUUAGUUCCACGUCCCCUACUCUUUAUCACACGAUCGACGAUGAACUCUUCCUCUUGCAGAUCUUUAUCAAUUCUCCCCAAUUCUUGCUCGUAAAAAAUCCCGUCUAUGACUUCUCUUGCUAAAUCACUCAAUUCGUACACACGUGGAUUUCGCCAUUCGAGAAUACGGUGAAUUCUAAAUAUCUCCUCACUCCAGUUUGCUUCGUAUCCUUUCUCAAAGGUGCCUUUCGCUCUACUGACGCGAACGAGAUCACCGACGUGAUAUUUAGCCUUUUGCCCACGAUUCUUGAUUUUGUUAAUGUCUUCCCAUUGACGAGUCAUAUUUUCACGGGCAAUACUUGCAUUUUCUCUCGUAACAACCACAGGCUGUAUUCUAGUGGCCGAAUGACGAGUGUGAUUGUACGCGUGCACGAUAUCUUGCAAAACAUCAAUAUAACGUCGUGUGUUUUUAUGAGUAAAAUACCGCCACAUCCGCUCCUUUAACGUUCUGUUAAAAUGUUCGACGAUGGCGGCUUUGAUGUCAGGGUUGCGCGCUACUCUAAAACGUAUAUCGUUUUCUUCCAGAAACUUUUGCAUCGCACGCCCAACAAAUUCUUUACCCUUGUCGGUUUGCAGACAUACAGGUACCCGUCCGUUGCUUCUCGAGAGUAUACGCUGGAAAGCCUUUGUUACAUAUGCGGUCGUUUUAUCCCGUAAUGGUUCCACCCAGACAAAUUUACUGAGUACAUCGAUAAUCACAAGAAUAUAAGAAUAUCCGUCAUUGUAACUUUUCAGAUUUCGUAGCUCAAUCAAAUCACCCUCCCACACAUCAUCGAUAUUCGUUACGUUGUAAUGUAGCCAAGGAAACUUUCGUCGCAGCGAACGAUGCAGCGAGUACGUGUCUUGCGAUUCCAACCAACGAACGACUUUGUCACGUGUGAAAUUUGGUUUAGCGGAGCGCGUUAGAUUUUCUACUGCUGAGAAACCUGCGUAAUGUGAGGAAUCGUAAUACAGUUUUUCAAGUUCCGACAUUAAUAAUUAUUUCUUUAGUGUACUCCAAUCUAGCAAUCGUCUUUUUCUCGCUGGAAGUGAAUCUACGUUUUUCAUAAAAGUUGUAGGCGGAUAAACUUUACGAAAACGAGGGGAUAGAAACAAUGAGUAAUUAGGAGCUUUUUCUUCCUGCUCGCACUUCUUGCGUUUUCUCGUUCUUCGUUCUUUUUUCAACACCGUUGGACGCGAUUUUGGCGUGGAGCCUGCGUUAGGUCGUAGUUUCUCAAUAAUCGGAGACGAAAAAGCGGAGAUUGCGUUUAACAGGUGUUUAUUUCCUACCAGUGACAAACGCGUGUUUAAGCUGCAUAGUAAUCGCGCAAACUGAGUUCUUCCUAGCGGUGGUUCUACUGUUUUUCUUUCUCGCAUCGCGUCGUUUAUCAGCUCGACAAUAUUCGAAUCUUUUACAAUGUUGCCAUUUAUAGUCACGACUCCAUCCUCGUCCCAAUUAAUUUUAUCAGGCACCGCAUUAUCUAGCAAGUAUUUCAUCAGUAAACGCGCUUGUGCACGAUACGAUUUUGGGACACUUUCUACUAUUUUACUGGAGCUUUUUAGCAAUUGAAUGCUGUGAUUUUUUUUCAACACAGUAUUGUCGAUAUCGGGUAAAUGAGAAAGUUUAGCAGAAGUUUGUGAUUUUCGUGAGAUAUCAUGAGAAACGAGUGUCGGUUCAUUGUCAAUAGCGUUGUCGAUCUCUUCCGGAAGUCGUGCUUCAUUCUCUACAAUUUCAGUUUCGUUGGCUACAUUUUGUCUUCUCGCUUCACGGAUAUAGUGAAGAUACCGCCAAAGCACUAAUCAUUGCAAGGCUUUACGCGAUUGUCUAUCGACGUUUCUGUAUCCUCCCGGAGGAAUGAUUCCUAUUUCCCCCUCGCGCAGAAAAUUUUUUCGAUAAACUUUCAUACACGUGGAAGCGAUAGUCGUGCAUUCUUCGAAAGGACACACUCCGGCGCGCUCUAAAAAUAUUUUCUCAAAAGCUACACAAGCACGCCGUAAAAUAUCUACGUCAUUUCGACAAUAGCGUACGAUUUCUUGCUGGAAGUCAAAAAUGACAUUUUUACUUGUCAUUUCCGUAUGCCAUGCAAGAAAUCGUUCGCGCUCAUCGGACUUCACUUGAUCGGGGGAAUAAAAUCGUGCCUCAGGUAACAGACCGACAUACGUUUGAUUCUCCACAGUGUUAAAUAAAUGCGGAAAAGUGCCUUUAUCCGCCGUAUCCCUUAACCCAAAAGCUUUAGGUAGUUCGGAUAAUCGCAUUGGCAUAUAAUUAACACUGUCGAUAAACUUUGUAUGCCCGUCAUCACGAUAAUCUUUGUCCCGUUCAAAGUUACCCUCGGCUUUUCUCUUAUUAACGAUUUUUUGACUAGAUAUUUUAAAAUAAAUUGCGCGUUGAACGCUUUUGCAUUGUGUGCGAUACAGAUAAUAUUUUUAAAAUGUUUUGUUGGACGUGUCACAAAAUCUAUAAAUUGUUUUACCGGAUCGAUGUUGAAUAUAAAUUCACGCGUUCCACACCAACGACACCGCACCGACAUGUCGUCUAUCGCCACGCAAAUCGCGCAAAUUUGCUGUGCCACACAGAGAGUUGGAACGUGUAACUUUACGUUCUCGUUUCCUUCGAGCGUCUCGUCCUGUCGCGUUUCAAAAUCGUAAAACACGAAUGCGACAGCUCCCUUGGCGACAUUACCGUUCUCAUCCUCGAGGUCAUUAGCGUUUCUUUGUACCUCUUCACGUAUCGUCGCAGCAGCACUCGUACCCUCGCCAGGGUCUUCUGCUACGACUCUACGUCAAAGAGGUUGCAUGAAACACGAAUGAUUCACGGGUGGAUGAGAACAACAUGUCCUACAAUAGGCACUGUCACAUUCGUGUCGCGAGUUAAUUUUUAUAAAUCUAUUACAUAUAUUACAAAUUUUAAUUGAAUUUCAAACCGUUGAUUUUCCCUUGUAUGAUUUUUCGGCACGAUGACGCUCGAAACACGUAUUACCGAAGAACGUACGGUUACACGUUUCACACCUGAUUUUCUCAGCGUCGUGACGUUCACAGGAGGGUAUAGCGUAGCAGCGUGGACAUUUUUUAGAGCAACGAUGCCCUAUAUCAGGCCGGUAACCGAUGUUACAUGCUAUGCAAUACCCUCCUCGUAAACCCGCGGCAGCUUUUAAAUUUAAUACCGGAUUGUAAUGGUGUUUAUUCUCAUAAUACAUUAUAUUUAAAGUAUACUGCGGUUCGCGACCGAGGGAGGCGAGUAUCGCGCGUCCGUCGUAGAUCGGGUUCCCCCGCGUCCGAAAUCUUUGAAGCCGUAAACCAUUAUAGCGAUAUUUUCAUUGGUGAGAUACCGUUGGAAUUGUUGGAUUUCAUGAAUCUCACAUCCUUCCUCCGGUAUCACGAUGCCAGCGUUGCUCGUUAAUUCUAUCGCGUAAUCCCGUUGUAGCGAGGAACGUUGGAAUCUUACAGCUUCCCACAUUUCGUCACGCGGCCCCGUCCGUAGAUUUCCACGCUCACAGUGGACUUUCGCGGCUACGAGCGAACGAGGAAAACACAAAUUGUCAUCGUUAAUAAUUUCUAACAUAGAUCGUUUGGCGACGUCUUCCUGCGUUAACUGAUUUGACAUUCUUCCACGACCCAUUGGUACCGCGACGUUGAAUAGUUGGUUGGUAAAAGUUUCCGCGAUAUCAAUUCCUCUUGCGCUUUGUGCUAUCGAACUUACGAGGUCCCAUAUGUCCUCGUAAGUCAAGUCGCGCACAGGACGAAACGAUAAACCUGCCGGUCCGCGCGUUAAACUAUCGGAAAUAAAAGAUAGGCCCACGUAAUCUGUUCACUCGAGCCUAUCGCGUAUCUAUAAAUUUCACGGAACGCGUUUUCCAGCCAUUGCACAGUAUUAUUACCUUUCGGUACUGCCCGUAUCGCGAAACUCGCCUCUCUUCCGAGUAUUGCAAAAUUUCUAAAUCUACGCGCGUUUUCCGUAGCUCUAUAUAAUAAAAGUCGUCGCCAACCUAAUGCUGCUGUUGUUGUUGUUGUUGCGGGUGCUGUUGCGACUGCUGCCGCUGCUGCGAGCGUGGCUGUUGCGACUGAUGUUGCUGCUGAGAUCUCUGCUCAGCAACAUUCUCCCUAGAAUUUUGUAUUCUAGCCACUUCAUCAAGUCCAGCGCCGAUUUGAACUGAAAAAUUAAACAUUCUUAUUAAUUAUUACCGUCUUAUAUUGUGUUUAUUUAAUUUUUUAUUAUUAAUACGAGAAAACGUCGACAAAAGUUAUAUCAUAUGAGGUGACUCACCCAGUUACCGAUGGAGACCCUUUUUUACGUCACGCCACCAGUAGAUGGAGUAUCACCAAUUGACAUUCGCGUUCAUACUUUCCGCCUACGUCGUAAAGCAAGAUGGCGAUGCGUUACAAAAUUUUCUGUUUUCUUUUUUUCUCAAGCUAACUUUCUUCUUCUCACACUUAAUAACCUCAUAUUGUGCAAAUAUUGUGUAAUAAUAGCAUUAAGAAUUGACAAAAUUUUAAAUAAUCAUGCUAAGAUAAAGUUACGUAAAAAACAAAGUACUUUUACCGAAAUAAAAUUUCUAAGUAAUAUUUACCAAUAAUUAAAUCUAAAUGCAGGAAAAUAAAUAUUUUACAAUUAUUUAAAAAAUCAAUGAAUUCUUUAUUUUAAAAUAUUAUGAUAAAAAUAUAAUAUUUUAUACAAUAUUUUUUCAAGAUAUAAUUAGGAAUAAUUGCACAAUAAAAGGAAAGAAAAUGAAAGAAAGAAAAAAAGAAGAAAAAGAAACAGAAGUCUUUCUCUCCAACUUUUUGUCAUCUCGCUAUCUGACGCAGGCUGAAAAGUUGGAGCGUAUGCCAGUGGGUGAUGCUCGUUCUGCUGGCGGUGUGAAGUAAAACAUCCUCUGUAGGUUAUGAGUCUCGUUUACGACGAUUUUCUUUCACAGAAUUUUAUUUACCCUGAUCCGAGAAAAAAAUGACAAAAAUGAAAUAUGUCGUCUAAAAAUUAUUUUAUAUUAGUUAAAAAUAAAAUGAAAAUAAUUAAUAAUAAUAAUAUUUACCGUUGUAUUCGGGUGAAGAAACUCUCUCGUUUUCUUCUUCCUCUGGCUCCUCUUCUGGCUCCUCCUCCUCCUCCUCCUUCUCCUCAUCUUGCUCUUCCUCUACCUCAUCCGAGCCGGAGCCGGAGCCACCAUAUCCUUCGUCAUCAUCUUCCGCCGCUUCCCCCUCUCCUCCCUCUUCAUUAUCGUCGCCGUCUUCCUCUUCAUCAACACCGUUUUCAUCUACAUCCUGCUCUUCUUCAUUUUCGUCUUCCUCAUCAUCAUCAUCUUCCUCUCUAUUUUCCCCUUCUAUUAUUUCCCUUGCUUCUUCUUCCUCCUCGUCUAAAUUUUCAUCUUCCUGCUCCUCUUCCUGUGACGGUCUCUCUCAUCUUUCUCCUUCUCUCCUCAUCUCCUCCCUCUCGUGUUCUUGCACUAGAAAAAAAGAAAAAAAUUUGAUGAGAACAAAGUCAGGUUUAAUUAUUGGUAAAUAUAAGGUAGUUUUUUUUAAGCUCUUUUUCUUUUUUUUUAAUCUUACCUGGGGAAUAUAAAUUUAUAUCGGAUGGUGUUCCGGCAUCUUCUACAACAUCGUUCUCAUCAUCAUCUAAAACAUAAUAAUUCCAAUUAUUAUUAUUUUAUUAAUAUUAUAACAUAAUAUUUUGUGAUUUAAGAAAUUUACCUGUUAUAUCGAUGACAAGAAUAUUCCGUUGAGUGGGAAUAUCCUCCUCCGCAUGCUCGACUUCAAUUCGUGGUCUUCCUAGAAAAUUCAUAUAUUUAAAAAUUUCUAAUUUACAACGAGAGACGGCUUACGUCUCAUGCCUAGUGAAUGCUAAGCUACUUACGUGCGGGUACGGCGCCCUGGAGCUCCUCUUCCGAGCGACGCCGUCUCACCCCACUAUCCCGUUCAACCGGGAGCGCGACAGGAGCUCGCGGUAGCAACGCAUCGUGUUGCUACGGGUCUUUCAUCUGAAAAAUAAAUAUUAUUAAAAAUAAUAUCUAAAAAUUCUUACAUUUUAAUAUGAUUUGAUUUAUAUUGACUUAACUUGUCGAUUUUCUGCUUGACGCAGGAAGUCUGCUUUCAAACCUCCCGCAUCACUCUCGAAAUGCCCGUUUGCACGCCGCGUUUCAACAUGAUGCUGGAGAAUAUUCUCCAACCUCGCGUCGCCACCGCAGAACCCUGUUCUGUGCAUAAUGCACAGCAAUGUGCUGGAGCACUCACCCGCGAAUUUAUGAAAUAGCGCGUAAUUUGAGGCACCAUCGUCAAAUUUUAAUUUAUUAAAGUAAUGUUUUUUUACGAUUUUGCUCUCCACAUUACACGCUAUAACAAAAAAUUUCGCCAUAAUGUCGCGCACCAUUUUCACUUUUUUUUUUUAUUUUACUUGCACACGCGUUUAACGUGGUACACGAAAACGUGUCUUAUAACUCGAGAGUACGAAAGACGAACUAACGCUAAGUUCUCCUACAGCUCAUCUUAUAGCUUUUAGUUUCUAUUAUUUGGAAAAAAUGUAGAGGGAAAACUUACCUCAAUAACUUCACCUUCUCUUGACCUGAUUGGAAAUUUUCAAAAAAAAAGUCAGGAAGGAAAGUAAAAACUUUGCUAGAUAACUCCACCUUCUCUCGAGCUGAUUGGAAAUUUUCAUAAAAGCCCAGAAAGAAAAGUGAAAACUUAGAUAGCUCCAUCUUUUUUUGAACAGUUCCGAGAAUUUUCUCGAAAAGUCAGGAAAGUUAGAGAAAAAAAUAAAUUUAUCUUGUUUAUGUCUCCGCUUUCUCCUGUCUUAAAAUUCUUUGCUCUAAGUAAUAUAUCACCCCCACCCUCCUUUAAAUUAAAAGAUUUGUUUUUGACUAAAAAUCCAACAAAAGAUAAUGUAUUUUUCUAGAAAUGCAUUCAAAAUUUAUGUAUCUUUUUUUUAGAAUAGUAACCCGUACUUAUAUCAAAGUACCGACAUUUUAGAAAUUUCGACUGACUGUAUUGUUUCAUUGAAAAAACCUAAUGUACCCUGUUUGAACAGGUUAGAACAGGCUCUCCGUUAGUGAUACACAGUAGAAACUCACAUAAAGUGAGAGACAAACUGCAUUAAAAAUUUAUUCUCCAGAAAAUCUAGAAAAUUCGAGAAAAAUCUAGAAAACUCUAGAAAAAUCUAGAAAAUUCUAGAAAAAAUCUAGAAAACUCUAGAAAAAUAUAGAAAAUUCUAGAAAAAUCUAGAAAAAAUUUUUUAAAUUUCACAGUUACAUGCGCAGUCACGUUUUUUGUAAUGUCACAACGUCGCAAUAUCGUGACAACGCAGCGUACAGAGUCGACGUGGUUAGCUAUGAUUUGAACUCAAAUUCAUUCGAGUCUCCUCGUUCGAAGUGACAACCUCGUGGACAAGUAAGUCGGUCUUUUUCCCGGUCCGAGUGUCUUUUGCAUUAAUUUCAUCAGACGAAAGAACAAAGAAGAUGGCCAACCAAAAAGUUAUUAUUAACUCUGGGAAACGAUCGGCGGAUCUCGAUACAGCCUGGACGAGCGUCGACGAGAGGAGAAGCGAGCAAUUUCAUAUGUUGCUGACAACAUCAUAUGGACUUAACAACUCACAUACGAAGAGGAUUCAUGUGGGUCUACAAACGACUAACAAGGGGAUCUUCGAGCCAGUGGUGAAAUUAAGCGGAAACAACGCUGACGGAGUAUAUUUCGAUGUGGAGUCUUGGCAAGAAUUUCAAGAAAACUUGGGGCUCAUGAGCGAAUAUUUGAGUGCCAAUAAUGAAUUCAAGCCAGAUCCCAUCGUAAUGAAAAAUAAUAUUUCCAUCAUCUUUACCACAUCCUAUGGUUCGAAGUUGCUGACGUGCAAGGAGAAUGAAAAUACCAACGUGGAGGUUGGAGAUUCAGCACCGCCGGCGAAGAAGCGAAAAACCUAUGCUGUAACAAUCGUGAUGCAGAAAACUACCUUUCAGGGCUUGGAGAAUCUAGUGAAGUGUGUGAAUUGUUAUUUGGAACAUUUAAAAUCUUUAACUAAUGUCGUUAAUGAGUGCGCACAAUAUUUAAUUCAAGAAAUAGAACUGAAACUUCCACGAAGCUACGUAGAUCGUGACAUUAUAAAAUUAACACUAAGAGGAAAUUAUAGCGAAAUUGGGUGUAAUGUACGUACUCAAAUUAAAGAUUUAACUUUUCUUGACAUGUUCUUUAAUAUAAUAUUUUUGGAACUAACUUCGCUUCGCUUUGAUGAAAUUGUUAAUAUAAUUUUGACAAAUUAUAGAUCAUAACUCUGUACAUAGUUUCAUAUUCAAAUAAAAACAAUUGUGAAGCGACAUAUUCAAUUGAGUACUUUUUUAAAGUAAGAAUGUACGUAAAAUUAUUGUAUAAAUAAAUGUUUUACUUUUGUAACAUUUAAAUUUAUACUAUUUCUUUUACUCAACCUAUACCCUUAAUGUUAAGAAUUUUUUUGUACGUUUUCAGCAUUACUCGUCUUUGAAGCAGCGCAAAACGGAUUUCUUUUGUUUUUGUAACGUCUAAGUAAAAUUAAACAAAAAUUAUUUGAAAGAAUAUUCUUACAGAAACUAUGAAACGUAGCUUGCAUGUUCAUUCCUGUUUUACUGAUUCAAUAAUUGUAAAAAUUCUGUAUUCUUAGCUGUCAUAAAUCAAUCUCCUUUUGUAACAUUCAAAAAUUAAUAUAAAAGAAACCUUAGAAAGUUUAAUUUCUAAAACUAUAAAUCGAAACUCAUGCUCAUUCAUGUUUUGUUAAAUCCAUAAAAAGACAAAAAAACUUUCUAUUGUUUAUAGUUGUCAUAAAUCACUCUCCUUUUUGUAGCAUUUCAAAAUUUAAUAUAAAAGAAAUUAUUUAAAAAGAUAUAUUAUUCUCUCAGAAUUUACAAAACAUAUAAUUAUUCUUGUUUUAUUAGAUUCUGUAAUGACAAAAAUUUUGUAUUGUUCCUUUAUAGCAUUUCUUUGUUACCAUUCUUUUAAAAUAAGUUUUUCCUUUACCUUUAAAAGAGUUACCGACUUUUGAUUCGUAAUCCCCGCUAGUACUUUCCUUUUUUCUUACCCCACCCUUGCGGAGCCAACAAAUGUUUCCCCCGAAAUGUCAUUUUCCUUUCAAUCAACUUGUUGGCAACUAUGGGAGCGACCAAUCAACUCUUGGGCAGCCAUGGGAACUUCUAAUCAGAACGCUUUACUCCCACCGGGUGACACCCAGCCAUACGCGUGCCUGCCAUUCAAAGCGCUCCAGACAGUACCAGCUCCACCCCUCCCAACCAUUUUACCUAAUUAUCACUUAAUUAUCACCUAAUUUUCACCUAAUUAUUACCUAAUUAUUACCUUUUGUCAGGGUCAGGACCCCCGCUGUGAGACCUUUUUCCCCCUUCCUCCGUCUGGGACCCAGGACCCCUGCUGUGUGACCUACUUUCUCCCCACCCCUGUGACGUCAUUUGUUUUGACGCCCCAUGGCUGCCCACAUACUACUCACAUGCGUCUUCCAGCUCCCUGAUUUUACUAUCUUUAGUGUUGGCGUUGAGCAACGGUGUCACCUCAGAUCUCCUUAAUUGGUGAAUUUAUAACUACUUAAUUCGUGACAUCUGAUUAUUGCCGUGAGAGUCAUCGUAUUCUUGGAAUCGGGAUGAUGGAUUUAAAUAUAUUUUAACAAGUUAAAUAAUGGAAUUAAUUAAUUUUGUUGAUAGAAACUAUAGAUGAAGGGAAAAAAUUAUAGAAAAAAUCUAUAGGGACAUAAUACUGAUAAGGAUCGUUCGGCAGGAAAACGGGGAUCCAGUCGUGGGGAUUUAGGGCCGUAACUAUGGAAUAUAGAACGUCUAAGUCCAGGUGAAAGUGUAGACAAAAAUCAAACAGAGUCAGGAAUGGACUUUAAGGGAAAUUGCUCUACUAUUUCUUCAAUGGAGUUUUGAAGCCCAUUGAAGUAGUAAUAUCGCGAGCGACGAGGAGGGAGCUCAACUUCUUCCAGGAACUCCACACUGGAUGUGGAGCACGCUGGAGAAAGAAAGGGGCUUGAUGUAGGAAGGUCGAAAAGAAUAGGAGAGUAGGAAAUACUAGACAUAGAUUCUGGAGGAGAAUCGGGGGCUAUUUUAUACGUGAUUAAGGAGAAGAUUGAAACGACGGGGGACUCGGGUCGGAACUCCUGAGGAGUUCCAGGAUCCUCAGGAGAAAUGGGAGAAAGAGGUUUGAGAUCUUGCAAAUCUUCUGAUUCCUCAGGAACGAGGUGUUUCUCUUGAGGAGCGGUCUCCUGCUCCAAGUGGUCGCGCCUUCUUGGAGGUACUCUUCGUACGCCUGAUCGAGGAGUAUCUGCGCUUGUCUGACUCGCUCGCGGCGAAGACGUCUCGCGGUCCGGCGACCGAUCGUGGAACGUUUCCCGUAGUUGACCACUAUCAACCGCAUUCAAUUGUUAAUAGUAAUCCCGAAGGAGCCAGAGAAAGAAGAAUGGAAAACUUACUUGUUAACAGACGAAGAAAAGAGACUGCAGAAUUCUGUGGGGUUGAAGGUGCUUAACGAAGCGCAGGCUGUUGGCUCCAAGGAGUGCUUAAGCUGUCAAUUGGUGAUGCUGCUCGGAGGUUUUAUAUAUAAAGUUCUUGAGCACAAAUCGUUCUAAAAAUAUUCGCACAGCUUCUAAACUUGUUAGGUGAUGAUGCAAAACAAAUGUGAAUGAACGUGAAUGUGAAUGCGAGUGCAAAUGCGAAUGCAAACGCGAAUGUCAGAGACGCUCGGCAGUUGCAUUUUAUAGGGUUUAAAAAAAGGGCGUGGAGAUGAUCAAGUGGAUGAGAUGGAUACUUGAUUGGAUGAAACUUUUUGAGAUUUCUCUAAUCUUUCAUAAAUUAUUUGCUGUUGAAAUUUUGGGUUUGCUCGUUGGGUAUUUCACCAACGCUCACUACCAAUCAUCUUUUUGGAUGAUCUCUCGUUGGUUAAUUUUCCAUCUUCUUCUGGGUUUUCUUAAUUUUUAGAAGGACGGACAGGUGCUUCGUCCAAUCGCUUAAGGGAUUCGUUAUCUACAAUUUCCCCCUUUCUGGAACGUUUGAUGCCGAUUUUUUGUAUCGUGUUCGUUUAUUUAGUACUCAUUUUUCAUAUAAAUCAUCUUUCGGCUUGUGAUGAAACGUGCGUUUAAACGAACGAAGCCGGAGUUAUAGAUUUUAUAGUUUUAUAGUUUCCGACGGCGUCGCAAAUCAAUGUUAUCGCUGUCGCCAGGCUUAAAUAUCAUUUCUGUUUUUCCUUUUCGUUCCGGCUUUGUCCUUAUGAAUUACUGUUAGGGUGAGCAAAUAUUGCUCGUAAUUUUGUCAUUGCACGAUUUCCUCUUUGUGCUUCUAUUUAGCCGACUUAUUACUCCGGACGCGAUAUUUGAGCUUGAUAUCUUUCAAUUUUUUUUCUAAUAAUAAACAAGGGACAGCGUUAUUGUAAAGAGCAAAAUUGUGGGGGCCUUUGGAUGCGAUGAUUAAGUGUUAUAAAUCUUAAGGACAAUUUCUUCACUUUGUUUCGUUUUUGUAUUUUACACGAGGGAUGCGAAAAGAGAAAUCGUGGAAUCCUCCGGAUGUAACAGUAAGAAUGUUAAUAUUUAUAUAUACUCAAUCUUCUAAGAUUUUACAUCUUUUGCUUUUCCAUAUGAAAUUACUGAAUUUAAAUGUGUUGCUAAGACUUGAUAUUGUUUUUCUAAAUUAUCAUGUACGUUUAUGAUUAUCAAUUUUACUUAAGCAAUUUCUGCAUGUUUUUCUAUGUAACAUAUUAGAAUUUCAAUUUGUUGCAUAGUAGCCCUUCCUCGUUGGCAAAUUCUUUUCUUUUUUUCUAAAAAAAUAUUAUGAUAAUGUAGUCGUAAAAUGAGCGAAGCGAGUUAUUAAAAUACGUCUUUAUUUAUGCGUUACAAAAGAAAAGGCAGUUCACGCCAUAGCGUGAUUGAGUAUAUGCGUGUGUGAUAAAGAAUGAGUGUUAAGGCGGCGCGUAAUAUGCGCUGCUCGGUUGCCGGGGACGAUAAGGUGCAAGAUUUGACAGCGCAAAUCUCUUCACAUUAAAUAUACAUCCAUUAAAUACACACAUAUACGCACACGCGCACACACACAUAAACGCGCGCGAGAAGUGGUUGAUUAGAUCGGAGCUUUUCAAGAUCGAGUUUGUACGAACGGAUUAUGUAAAUUCCUUUAAGAAUAAGAGAAGAGGAUACGAAAAAGGAAAGAUUCCGGUCUUAACUUCAAGCUUCUUAAACACCAGCUAAUAUUUAUAUAUUCCAAGCAACAAUUGCGUAAGAAAGUUAUAUGCGCAUCGCACACAUCUUAUGAGAGUUUUUGUUUUAAAUCUUUACAAUUAAAAUAAUUUUUUAUAUAUAAAUUCAAAUGCUUCAUCCUCAAAUUUACGAAAAAAAUAUGACAUGAAUCAAAAAACUUUUUUAAUUAUUUGGAGAAAUUUAGAAAUUUGAAAAGUACAGUUUGCUGGUUAUAUUUGUAUACCGAUUCGAAUGUUUGAAAAACUAUGCAACAAAAAUUUCCAUAAAAUGCAAUUAUGUCAAAUCCAGCUCAAUAUAGAACUGCAAAAAAUUGAUAUACGUUUCUGUAAAUAGCGAAAUAUUAUAUCAUUAGGUGUUAAACUUAAUUCCUGCCGCUCGCUACUAGAGGGUGCUGGCUGGCGAGUUUCGACAAUGAAGUCAUAUGUCUUUUGUAAUUUAGACAUCGCUGAAAGUGAUUCAAUCAUCAUAGAUUAGAUUUCUCGACGCCAAAGACAUUUUCCAAUCGACUGAAAAUGAAUCGCGAUAAGCUGUUUUUCCGACAUGUGCUUCUUCACUACUUUGACCUCAAGAAAACCACAGCUGAAGCGCAUCGCUUAUUAUCCGAAGUGUAUGGUAAUAAAACUCUAUCGGAAAGAACAUGUAGAGUUUAGUUUGAACACUUCUGAAACGGUAAUUUUGAUGUGAGAGACAAAGAACGUCCAGGACAGCCGAAAAAAUUUGAAGAUGUCAAGCUGCAAGAAUUGCUCGAUGAGAAUCCAGCCCAAACGCUUUUAGAGUUGUCGGAACAGUUAAAUGUUACUCCAAUAGCCGUCUCAAAACGCUUGCAUGCCAUGGGAAAGAUUCAUAAGAAAGGGAAACGGGCUACCACAUGAAUUGUCAAAAAAUGCCAUUUUGAAUCGUUUGACUAUUGCAACUUCUUUGUUUGUCAGGCAAAGAAAAAAGAGUUUUUUGUAGCGCAUCGUGACUGGCGAUGAAAAAUGGAUUUAUUUUGAUAAUCCCAAGCAGAAAAAAUCAUGAGUGGACCCCGGCCAACUAUCCGCUUCAACGCCGAAGAGGAAUAUUCACGGGCAUAAGACCUUGCUAUGCGUUUGGUGGGACCAGAAAGUUGUGCUGUACACACAAACAAAACCGUUACCGCUGAUUGCUACCAGCCAAUUGAGUGACGUAUUGAUGCAAAAAAAAUCAUCUGUAGUCAACAAUCGAUGCAAAGUUAUUUUGUUGCAUGAUAACGCUCGACCGCAUAUCGCGAAAAGCGUGAAGCAGGUACUUGCGAGCUUGAAUGGAAAGUUCUGCCGCACCCAGCCUACUCUUCAGACCUGGCGUCGGAUUACCAUCUCUUGCGAUCGAUGCAACACGCACUUACGGACACACACUGCUCCGGUUACAACAAAGUUCAAAAAUGGGUGGAUGAAUGGUUCCCCUCGAAAGACACCGCGUUCUACCAUCGUGGGAUUGCCUUGUUGCCGGAGAAAUGGGAAAAAAAUAAUAGAAAAUGAAGAAAAUUACUUUGAUUAAGGCAUUCAUUCAUCUUUCCUUCGAAACAAAUCGAUUUUAUAGACAAAAAAACGGCAGGAAUUAAGUUACCUUAAAUUUAGCUUUUAUAUAUUUGUAUUGUUCAAAACGAGAGAUGACUGGAAUUAUUUUUAAGAAUAUUUGAAAAUCAUAUUUCUUCGUACUUAGACACAAAAAAGUGUUGUGAUUACUUUUAGAAUUUCUAUCUUUUCUUGUUUUGAAUAAUUAUUUCCUCUUCGGAAUAAAGAGAAAUAUAAAAAAUGCUAACAGAUUAACAAGUCGUCUUCGUGUUUUGAUAUAUCGUUAAUGCCAAUAUUUCGUGAACAUUUUAGUUCAUUACUCUCAAGGGCGACUCGAGAAUCAUUUGGCAUUUUUUAAGAAAAAUCUGUAAAAUCCUUAAAAAUUUAAUUAAAAAGUACUAUUACAUAAACAAAGAUUUGAUUUCUUUCAUCUACGUUGCUUGAAAUUGAGAAACUUAUUGUUACACGUUUGAUCCGUGAUUUGAAAGUGACGAAAGUGACAUCUUUGAUUGUACUUACUAUAAAAUAUCAUUGAACAAUCUGUAAAAUCAAAGAAUAAAUAGAAUUUUGGAGUUCACGCGUCGCUCGAUUUCACAUUAUUAACUAUCAUUUCAGUAACAUUGCAAUACUUUUUUUU